GGUAGGCGUGUGGUUUCACAGCUUCAAAAAAACGGACAGAGAGCCCCGGACUUCCUGUUCGCUGUUGUUCACAGAGCUCACUUCAGAGGUUUUUUUUUUAAGAGAUCUCGCUGACAGCCGACAAAGGAGCAUCAAAACAGACCAUCCAUCUUAUUUGUAGCCCACCUGGUAAGAUGGUGCGACCGCUGCUUAUCGCCACCUUUCUGAUGAUCAAUCCCACCUGCUCCGGUGAGGACUUGUAAAUGUCAUUUUCUUUGAGCUCUUGUGGAGGCCCUUGGAGACAUGAGCGUAUGUUACAUACUGGAUGGGAUUCUUAUCCUUUACGGCAUCAUUCUCACCGUCUUAUACUGCAGACUGAGGAUGAGUCCAGCCAACAAAACACCCGCCAAUCCCCAUGAGAAGCAGCCCGCAGAAGGAGGCAUCUAUGCGGUGAGACUUUUCAUUCUAAUGCUUAAAAAGACAUUUAAAAAAGCACAUGAUGGAAAAGUGACAGCUUUCCGCACAGCGGAUGGGUCUGACCUCUCACACCGCGGAUACCUAUGAGACCAUCAAAAUGGAUAAAAAGCCUAUUGUCUGAUGGAGAUUUGGUGCAGAGAGGAUGCUGAGCCCAGAAACACCAGAAUUGAAUCUGUUGAAGCUUUAUACUGUAUAGUAAGUUGUUAACUUGUGCCGGGCAUGUGCAUAGAGUUUCCAUACAUGAUUUUUCUCCCUUUUUGUUGUUGUACAAAUACUACUUUUAUUUCGAAACUUUGUGUUGUGCAUGCAUCAAAUGUUAAAAUGCGAUGUAGGGUUGUUUUCACUGCACGUCGCUCUGUUUUUCACAGCUGAUUUUACCCAAGUAACCAAGAAAACAAGUUUAAUUUUUUUUCUGUUUAUGUGUUCCCCUUUUUGGUAAAAUGACCGACCUCAUAAGCAGACGAGCAACUAUGAUUCUUUUUAUUAACAGUUAAUCUGCUCAUUAUUUGUUUUAUUAAUAUUUUGGUUUAUAAAAAGUCACAAUUUCCUAAAGUCUACGGUGACGUCUUAAAUGUCUUGUUUUAUCUGACCAACCAUCUACAACCCGAAAGAUAUUUAGUUUACAAUGAUAUCAAAGAAAAUCAGCAGAUUCUCACGAAUAAGAAGCUAAAUUUAAGUUUAUUCAUACAUUUUCCGUCGAUCAACUAAUUGAUUAAUCAGCUAAACUUAGAAACUUGAUUUGAGUUACAAAGUGCUUCACAGUAAAAAAAAAUAAUAAACGUAUAUAAAAUCCAAAGAUGUAAAACAAGAUCAAAUAAGUAAAAUCAUUACAACAAAUACCAUCAGUUAGGAAACACAUGGCGCAUUAGUUUAGCAAACAAAACUUGGGAAAAUAUACUUAGAAGCUCAAGCUGAUUCAAGUGAAUUUGAUUCAGUUUGGCUUGAUAUUUUGACGCAUCAAGCUGGUCAUCCUAUUACUGCGUUUCAUACACACCAGUUUUGUGUGAACAACUUUUAUGUAUUUAAGUUUUAUUAAGAAGAGUAUGACCUAGACCUGCUCUAUGAAAAGUGCAAUGAGACAACUUCUGUUGUGAAAUGGCUCUAUAUAGAUUCAACUGAAGAGAAUUGAAUUAUGUCAAUAUUAAAUACUGCAAUUCCCAAAAAAAUAUCAACUACUAUUUUUACUUGUUAUAGAUGUAUAUAUGCUUUCUGUUGUGUUAUGGCAGAAAUCCGUAACAUUUGUAACUGUACAUGUUCAUUUUGUUCAUAUCACCUCCAUUUUUUAAUUAGUUUAAAUCUUUGGGAAAAAAACAUUACAAUUAAUCAGAAUUGAGUUUUUUUUUUCAGAUAUAGAGAGUUCAAAGUAUUCAGUACAUAGAACAUCUCAUUUCAUGUCUCAGAAAUGUUCCUUUAAAACAGGAAAACUGAUAACAGCCGCAGCACCAGAGGGCAAUCACACGCUGUAAAAAGUACUUGUUUCAUUCUGUGUGACAGCUGAUCCUCACCCACUUAUUUACAUAGAAACAUACAAGUAUUCAAAACAGAUUCAUUCAUGCACUCUGGCUGUGAACCGUUCCCCCCGAGGCUCUUCACAGUGACACAAGAAACUCGCUCACCUAUUCUGCUGUCGGUUGCAAGUAACCCCCUAAGUUGUGAAGCAGGACAAGGUUGAAAGACUCAGUUUUGGGGGGCAUUCACAGUUGCAUUUAUAUAAUGAAGAAAAUUGUAUUUAUUAGCCUAGAUGUUUUCUAAGUCAUCAAUGAUAUUAUCACUAUCAGUAAACAUGCCGCAUUGAGAGAAGUAGCCUACUUUUGUUUUUUUGCAAAAAGACAAUAAAUGUAUUUGAGUCAA